AGCAAGAUGGCGGUGCCCACUAAACUAACAACGCGGAGCACGUAAGACGACGGCGUAUAACCCGAGUUUAUCUAUAUUUUUUCUAGCGGAAUGAAUUUUGGGGGGAAAAAAACAUUUAAGCCGGCGUUGGUGUAUUGGAUGUCCUUGCGGUAUAUAUUUUGUCAACUGUAUUGAAUGAUUACAUCGUCAGUUGAAUCAUGCAUUGAUGGUCUAAUGUUCAUGAGCACUCGUAUGUUUUAGAUCUGCUGGUCACUAUUAAACGGAUCAUCAGAUAACAUAUAUAUUAUGUAUUAAUAUAACGCCAUUAAUAGCUCUCCUCCAACACUUUUAGCAGCUAUUGCUGAACACACUAUCAAGGCAAGCGCAGGCAUGCGAUGUGCGAAGGCGCUACAGCUCACCCUUGCGGUCAUCAAACCAGAUGCUGUGGCGCAUCCUUUAAUUCUGGAGGCUCUUCAUCAGAAGAUUCUAGAAAACUUCAUUAUUAUCAGAAAGAAAGAUCUGGUGUGGAGAAGAGAAGAUUCAGAAAAGUUUUAUGCUGAACAUGCAGGGCGUUUUUUCUAUCAAAGACUGGUUGAAUUCAUGUCAAGUGGCCCUAUGAGAGCUUACAUCCUGGCUAGGGAUGAUGCUAUCACCCACUGGAGAGGGAUGAUGGGUCCCACAAAAGUUUUCAGAGCACGAUUCACUUCACCAAACACCCUCCGGGGCCAGUAUGGGCUCACUGACACCAGAAACACCACCCAUGGUUCAGAUUCCACUGAGUCAGCCAAGAGAGAGAUUGCCUUUUUCUUCCCAGAAUUCACUGUAGAUGACUGGAUGGAGAGGGAGGAGCAAAGGUUUAGGUUUGGACUUUUUGAAUAUAAUGUGCAGAGCAAAAUUCAUACUCUACAAGAAACAAGAUAAUCACAAACCUGCAGUGAUCGAUGGGCUGGUGGAUCUUCAGAUAUCAAUGCAACAUUAACGUGACUCACUUUCACCAGUUAUCCUUUUGCAUGUUAUUUAUUUGGAUUCGUGAGAGCAUACAGUAAACAAUCAAACAUCAAAACUGCCCCUGUGCCAAUUAAUUAAGGUAAUAUUAAUUAGUAUGUGCUUUGUAUGUAUGUAAGAAAAAAUAUAUGCACUAGCUUUGCAGGAGAAAUCAAUAAAUGUUUUUUCUCCACAGAUCAGGCACAUUCUUUUGCAUUUUUCAGUCCCUGACAUGACAUGCCAACAUAUAAACAGAAUACAGUUUGGGAACAGUCACACAAACCACUUCACGUGGUUUGGAGUGUCUCACCUUUAAGAGUAAUUAUUUGGAUAUUUGAAAUAAAAUACAAUUUAAAAUAAAAAGGAAUUAACAGCUAAUAUUCAAAAUUCAAUUAAGAAAUGUAAAUUAAAAGAAUCAUGACAAUCAACGCUACAGGUUUAGUGUAAUUUUGAGGAAAAUGUUGUGCAAGGAACACUUUUAGGAAUUAUUGAAACAAUGGUUGGUUUUACAUAUUUAAAAUACACUGUUGUGUUAACCCCCCAAUAAUACUAUUGUAUAUAUAUAUAUGUGUGUAUGUAUGUGUGUGUGUGUGUGUGUGUGUGUGUGUGUGUGUGUGUGUGUUUACUGAGAAUUUAAGUAUUCUAAUUUUGAGACUAGAGUAAUAGAAAAUGAGGGGCCAGACUCUGACAAUCAGCCUCAAUUAAAAUGUAUUAAUCCUUAAUUAAACAGCAUUUCCCCAUUCAGUAAAGCAGUGAUGUUUGGUGACAUAACAGUAUUGAGAUACACAACAGAGUUUUCUAUUCUUGAAUGCUACAGUUUCAAGCUGCUGGAAACUAAUUAGGUUUUGAACAGAUGUUUUCCCUGUUGUCACGAUGAUUAUUUUGGCAAAACACAAUAAUCCCUCUAAGAUUAUAGGAAGCCUUUGUUUCAAAGAUAAACAUAAUGUCAACUUGCUGUAUUUAUUGUAUCAGUGUUUUUGAAGCACUUGCACCUCACAAUAAAAAGAAAAAAAAACAUCUGUUUCAAGGGAACCGUUGUGUCAGAAUUAGAUUAGUGCAGUUGCAUUGCGAGAGGGGCUUCUGGGGCUCAAGCCCCUGAUCUUUUUUGAAGAUUCACAUGUUUUACUUAAAAAAAUAAAACAUGUUUUAUAAAUUUGACUUUGUCUGGGGGCUAAACCCCUUAUCUCUUGCAACACUCCUUGAUUACUGUAAGGGAUGUACAAAAGAGCCCUGUUUUUAAAUACAAUGUCAUAAUGUGUAAAAUAAAGGCACUCAACCAGUAAAGCAAUAAAUCAAAACAUUUUACAAUACAACAA